AUGCCUGCCGUCGAGCGACUCUCUCUGCCGCAAUCACUUUCGGCGGUGGCAGUCAAGAGUCGUCGUCUGUUCUCCCGAGACAACGCCUCGAGCGACACUCGAUCUAGAUCAACCUCACGAUCCUCGGCGCUCAACCUCAACGAAGCGCUCGAGCUGGCCAGCGUCCCGAGUUCGUCCCCUCUUUGCCUCAGCAAUCAGCUUUUAUCUCCGCAACCGUCCAUCUCCAGCCAGUCUCACAGCUGGGGCCUUGACAAUAGCUUUGGACGACGACGUUGCUCUAACGCAACCACCGCGAGCACCUCGAGCGUCGCUCCUGCUGCUCACGAUGGUCUACAGCGUCGUCGAAAGUCGUUGUUCUUGAAAAAACCACGAUCAGAAGCACUCGCUGACGAUGCUAGACAAGAGAGUGCCGAGGCCUAUCAGUCGGUCAAUCCUUUGACCGUCACAACUUUGCUCCAAGCGCCACACCAACUUGAUCAACAUCGAGGCGCUUCUGCCAAUCAAAGUGGUCAUCGGCUCUCGACGCAUCAGCACAAGCAGCACAAGAAAUUGCAGCAGCAACAACACAGAAAGAAAGAAGCCCUCGAUCGCAUCUCUGAUCUCGUCUGUUUGUCUGUACAAAACCAGACGCAGUUGCCCCAGAGCCAGGUGGGCGCUUCUUCACCCAGGUCACCCUCAACCUCUCCAAAUCUAGGCGACAGGACCUUCUUUUAUCCCAUUGAAUCACCACCUUCGCCCACCAGCCUCAACAGUAGCAGCGAUGCCAGUGCUCGCAGAGCUAGCAUCGUCGCUUUCCCUUCCCGAAUCGACGCCACUGCAGGUCUACGAGUCAACAUGGGCGGUGAUGCAAAUUGGUCCAGCUUGGCCAGUCCUUCGCUGUCCACUUUUUCGAAUCAUACAGAUCUGCUGGCAAGAGAGUUGAGCUGCGACGCCAUGCGCCAGUCUCAAGAUACCUUCUGCGCCGAAGCGUCGGAAGCGCAUCAGCUUCUGCUUCCUUCGUCCAUGAAACGUCAGUCGAGCAGAACCAUUGAAAGCGACGCCAACAAAAAGUCGUUUGCAUCGCUCAAGGCUGAACUCGGACAUGGAGCUGCACGGCUCGGCUCACGAACUCCAUCCGACUGGUCGCUAUCCGAAGACGCUCGUCCAGCGUUGCAACCGCUGCCUCCUCUUCGACCUUUGCGCAACCCAAUGCGCAGCAGGUCCAAGAGCCUCAGCUCAUCCACCGUCCGCAAAGACCUCAAGCAUUCACCCACCAGAUCGGCUUCGCCUCCUCCUCCCGUGCCAGCUUUACCUCCAAGUCGGCUUGUCGAACCGUACAAUCUGACACCGGUACAUACUCCACCCCGAUCCCGACCCACCUCUGCUCAUAGAGGUCACGCACGAUGUGACAGCUUAACGUCGGCUGCAUCGUCCGCUUCGUUGCAAGCCGCUGCGUUUCAUACGCCCACGUUUGGGCCAGCUAGUUGGACAAACUCGCCCGUGUCCUGA